CAAAGGGAUUUUAAUAGCGUGUUACAAUGUAGCAGGAUGCUAAUUAUCAACAUCAUGAAGGAGUGUCAUAAUCUCGAAUGUCACAAACCCUUCUGGUGGCACAUCAGAGGCUCCCUAACCGUGAUGGAUUGAACACUGAAACCGAAGAACAUUGUUGAUCAUCUUCUGCCUAAGUGCCCAGCCAGGCAUGGACUGGCAGCGGGACCUGCCGUAUGACCACAUCGCAGCGGACCUGCCGCUGUCCGGCGUGCCAACAGAAGCGGACAUCCAGCAGCUCCUCCGAGACACGGAAGAGAAGCUAAAGCUCAACGCCAGCAGCAUCGAGCAGAGCCUGCGGGAUCUGCAGGGGAAGAUGGGUGUGGGCGGUGAGAGGCCCUCCAGCCCUACGGAGCUGCUGCAGUGGUUCAACCCGCGCAACCCCAACGGCCUCAGGCCUGUCGCCACGGGACACCAGGAGCUGCUGGAGUUCUACAGAGCACUGCAACAGUUCCUGAAGGCGGAGGAGAACCGCGAGGAGGUGGUGCUGCAGCUCCUGGUGAACAUCUCCUACCAGUGUGGCAUCUCCUUCCCCAGCUCCGUCCCCCUGGGCUCCCAGCAAACCUCGCUGCUGCCCAGCAUCUUCUGCACGGUGCGCGACGAGUCGCCCCUGGAGCUGCAGGACCUGUGGGAGGAAGUGCGGCUCCAGCUGCAGCUCCACCUGCUGGAGAAGCUGGAGAUGGUCGGCGGCGGUGGCGGCGGGACCGCGAGGGCAGGGGAGGAAGGUGAGGAGAAGGAGGAAGAGGAGGAGGAGGAAGAUGAGGAGGAAGAUGAGGAGGUGGGUGUGGUGUCUCGGGUGCCCAAGCGCAUCGUCUGCCUCCAGCAGCUUCUCUUCCUCUACCCGGAGAGCCAGGUGCUGGCGCGCUACCAGCGGCUCCGCGCCAAAGCCACGCGGGCCCUCGUCCAGGCCUCCCAGGUGUCCAGAGCAGCCCGAGCGGCCGAGCGGGGCUUCGAACGGCUGGCGGUGGGCUUCCGGGUGGCCGUGCCGGCCCUCGCCACCAUGGUGACCGAGGACCUCCACGCGCUGAACGUCGUGGGCGUGGAACCGCACGCCACCCUGGGCUUCCUCAACCAGGUGUACCUGGGCACGGUGACCAAGGAGCUGGGGCUACUGAUGGAGCGGGAGAUCGAGAACGCCUUGAAGGACAACACGGCGCCCCAGUGGAAGGGUGCACGCAGGCUGAGCAGGAGCAAGGCCACUGUCGUUCCUCAGGAGCCGGUGCGUAAGGUGCGUAGCUUCUCCCUGACGUCGCACCAGCUGGGCUGCCUGUCGCGGCUGGCGUCCACGCUACUGGAGCUGGAGCAGAGGGUGGAGGAGCUGGCCACCGACGUAGGCUUCCUCAGCUGCGCUGGGGAGUCCGCCUGCGGCCCCAGAGUUUACGGCCGCCUGUCUGCGCGCGGCGAGCGAGAACCGGGAGCUUUUUCCACGCGGCCGUUUUUCCACCCGCGCACAGAAACAUCCGAUACCCUUUUCCACUGGAACAACCGGCCUCCAAGCAGCCCCAUCAUCACCUGCAGCUGGACUAACGACGGCCGCUGGGGAGAGGAUCUUAAAAGAUCUAAAGAGGACCUCGAGGCAGGUCCAGGAGAGGGCAGCAGCGCCGCCACACCCGAUUUGCUCCUGAACUCUGCAGAGCCGGUGUCCCUGGAGUUUGAGUGGCGGGGGGCAUUUGUUGAGCUGGUGCCCCAGAUGGCCCACUGCGUGAAGGUGCUGCUGGAGGACGUGUGUGCCAGGGGCUUGCAGCAGGAGGAGGUGGCACGUGCCAGCUCGGCCGUCCUGGCGCUGGGCACAGUGCCACAGAGACAGGGCAUCGGCCUCACCUGUCUGGAGCGAGAGUGCCCCAAGAUGAUCGCCAAGUUCUGCGGUGACAUCAUGGAGGAGGUGGACAGCCUCCUGCCGCUGGCGAUGGUCUCCCGCGGCGACCCGCUGCUGCCCGUGCGCCACAGCUUCGCCGACGUGUGUGCCCGCGUGGGCCUGGCCCUGGUCACCCGGCUGCAGGAGAGGGCCAGGGAGGUGCCCGCCGACGCCCCCUUCUACAACCUGCCCGGCCUGCUGGCCACCAGCAUCUACCUCGGCCAUCGGCUGGAGCUCUACGAGAGCGAGCUGAGCGACGGUGCCCGCACGCCUUUGGCCCAGCUCCCCACCCAGAAGUGCCUGGACCUGAGCACCUCCCUCCAGGACCAGCUGACCAGCUACUGCCUGGGCGUCUGUGCCUCCAGUCUGCUGCUGGACGCUGAGAGCCACUACUGGGCCGACCCCAAACCUUUCUAUGAGGACGAGCGCUGCUCCUUCUCCAUCCAGAUGUGGCACUACUUCCUGACGGGCGUGCGGAGUGACCUGUGGGCGGCGCUGCCGCCUGACCUGGCCCGUCGGCUCCUGGCCCAGGUGCUGUGCGAGAGCCUGCAGCUGCUGGUGCAGCGGUACUCUCGCGCACGGCCCUCCUACCGCAGGGUCCAGCAGGUCAGGUCGGACAUCGCCGCCAUCCUGCUGUGUGUGCAACAGCUGCUCUGGAGUGUGUGUGAGGGCCUCGGGGAGCUCCUGGCGUCCGACGCCAAGGCCUUCGUCCUCCCGCGCUCGUCUGCGGCGGCCGACUGGGUCCAGGCAGUCCACGGCCUCUGCAUGCAGCUGCUCAACGUGCUGGUCGUCGUCACGACGCCCCUGCCAGAGCUCUACGGGACCUUUCGAGAUGGCCCUGAGUCUUUGGGAAUGCCACCAGGGCAAGCUGAGGAUGCCGCUCCUGCCCAGGCAGAGGGUGGCGCAUCCGCAGCCCCAGAGGGGGAGGGAGAAGACGUGGGCACCUCGUCUGCCCCGGGCGAGGCUGGCACCCCAGUCGAGGGAGAACAGGGGGUCACACCACCUGCCCAGGGGGAGAAGGACAGCCCUGUCCUGGACGACGCCUACUGGCUGGCUGUGAUUAACCCUGCGGUGUUCCCCGAGCAGGCGCUGAGAGACAGCAUGGGCAGCGAUGAGUCCUGCCUGUGGCUUCUGAGGAUGGUCGCUGCUGGGCCCUGCUUCAGUCCGUCCCUCCUGCUCAACACCCUACUGCACAGAGACUGCCUGCUACUCCGCACACUGAUGGAGCACUCAUACUUGUUUGCCGAGGAGCCUGUGGACGUUCCCCGAGAGGUCCAGGAGGCGGCCGAUGGCUUCCUGGAGGCCGUGGUCACCGUGCUGGCCUCCCUGAGCAAAGUGCCCAGGGCUUUGACCCAAGCGCUAGAGCCCUACCUCAACAAGAACCAACUCUGGGACCACUUCUACAACCUGACAGACUCGGGUAGGCCAGAGCCGGCCAUACUCCGUUGCGUCCGAGGCAUUGUGUCGCGGCCCACGGACAGCCUGCUGCGGCAGCUGGUCCACAUCGUGCAGGCGUCGGAGGACCUGCCCGGCGCGCUGCUGCAGCAGGAGCCCCCAGAGUGCCUGCUCAGCAAAGUGCCCAAAGUGUGGAACUACAUCCCCCAUGAUGCCAAGGGAAAAGACCCCAUGAAGAGUAAUGCACCUCCUGGUAAGGCGGUGGCCAUGCAGGCCCUGUCCUUCAUCUUCGCCAACCUGCCCUCGGCGGUCGCCUCGCUGCCCCUGCCCGUCCGCUUCCUCUUAAGUGGUGGCGAGAAAGCGUCUCCCACUUGGCGCUGCAGCGGGCAUCCUCCAUGCGGGCCUGCUGGUCUGGGCGCUGCUGGGCCGCCUGUGCCGGCGCCUGGAGGGCAGGAGCCCUGGAAGCUGACUGGCCGGCCGGCAGCUGGACCCGUGGCGCCAGGAAGCCUGGCGCUGUCGAGGUGCCUGCAGGCCAGCGUCGGGCAGCAGCCGCGCACCGGCGUCCCCAAGCCCGCCGUGCACAUGGUCCUGCAGGGCCUGGAGGAGCGCCGGCCCAAGUGGAUCUCCGUCCAGCUGCACAAGGCCCGCAAGCUCUGCUGCAAGAGUGUGUUUGAGCGUGCUGAGAGUGAGGGGUUGCAGGAGCGAGGUGGCGCUGCAUUUAUGGCGGCGGCAGCAGCAGCAUCUUCGCCGUCGGUGUCGGUGUUGCCGUCAGACGGCAGCGAUCUGAAGACGCAUCUGAUGGUGCUGGAGUUGAGCCACCGAGCAGGUGGCAGCCGGCACCUCCGGCACAUUUAUCACAUCAUCACCCUCAACGAGGUCGCUCUGAGCCAGUGGGAGUGGGCCUGGGCCUCGCUGCUGCCCGCCCACCGGACCAUGAGUCAGGUGACCUUCAGAGGACUGCUGCGGAACAGGUGGGAGAUGCAGGAGGAUGCAGAGCUGGAGGAUGAGGAGAAAGCUUUGGUGGAUCACCUCCAGAAGACCUGGUUCACCACCAGCCCUGGCCCCUCCUCAUAGCAGAGAUCUACCCAGCAUCAAACAUGCAUCAGAAAUCCAUCCCAUCCGUACAUUACAGCAUGUUUGACAUUUAGCACAUAUGAUAUGCACACACAUUUGUUUUUUUUCUGGAUGUCUAUGUGCUAAGUCUGACCUUACUCUGGACUAUGAUGCCAAGUGAUUAACUGCUGAAAUGUAAGCACAUGAAUGUUUCAUUGUACUUUUUCUGUUUUGCUGUACAAUAUUCUUUACACAUGUUUUUUCUGGAGGUGCUGUUCCAUACGUCUGUUGGUGCUAUAUGGCUCCUCAUGCAGUACAGUUCCCAUGACCACAGCUGAAUGUAAUGUUUAUGUAGGGGGGAUGCCAUGAGAACAUAUGUAGCUCUGUACACAGUUUACAUAAAAUUGUGUUUGUCUCACUGUGUUUUGUAAUAUGGAGUAGUCAGUCACUCAAUGUUUUAUUAAAAUAGACUCUUCACUA